AUAACUCGUGUCUCCCCCUCCCUCCCAUUCACCCUCCUCUCGCUGGAACAGCCUGACAGGACUUCUUAGGGGCCGGGACAGAGGAUUUAGUUUAGGUGGACGCUGAUGAGGACCUGAGGACCUCAGGCUCCGGGACAAGGGACAAAGAAGGUUUAGGAACAUGAAAAUAGGAGCUGCAGCUUUGGCCGGGGGAACUUUUGGGGUGGUGGGUGCCCUGUGUUUCCUCGUGGCCUUCAGUACAGACUACUGGCUGGUAGCCGUAGAAGAUUGUAACUCAGAUGAGCCCACCAAACCCCACCCAACAUGGGGCAAAGACGCUAACAGGACAAAGAUCCAGCCACGUGAAGCCGCCGCUGUUGCUCCUUCGUGGGUCACUCUGCACCACGAGGGGUUUUUCAGGCGCUGUGUGUUUCUAGUGGAGCCCUCGACGCCGGCGCUCCUGGCCACAUUCAUCACAAACCCGCCGGGGGCUAAGGUGUGUUUCCGUGGUUACCUCUUCCCGCUGCCAGUCACACUCGGAGACGUUCCUGGGACAGUUUAUGAUGCUACUGCAGUGUUCCGAGGGUUCUGGACCGUCCUGAUCGUAGUCGGGCUGCUCUCCGCUCUGACCGGAGGCCUGCUGCUGGUCUGCGGCGUUCCCUUCAUCAGCAGCAAACUGUACCGGCUGGGCGGGGCGCUCCUCAUCACUGCGGCCGGCCUGCUCCUGCUCUUGCUGCUGCUCUUCGUGCUCUGGAUGGAGGCGGUGGACGUGAGCAGCUACGUCCUGCAGGAGGCGAGGGGAGAGUGUCCGGACGCCGAGGUCUCCGUACACUACGGCCUCUCCUUCAUGGCGGCCGCCGCCGGCGUUCCCCUGGAGGUCCUGUCCGGGCUGCUCUUCCUGCUGGCGGGCCGCACGCUGCGCGCCGGCAGAUGAGCCGAGCGGCCGGCCGGAGAGACGAGAACGGACACAUUUUAUCGUGGAACAUGCUGUGCCAUGCAAACGUUUUCACACUUUUUCACUUUUUCCCCACAUCACAGCCACAAACUUCGAUGUAUGUCAUUUGGGAUUUGGGAACUACUUUUUGAUUUAGCUGCAAGUGUUUCGGACCUUUUACCUUCUUCAAAUGAAAUGAAAUUGGCGUUAAACAUUUUGUCAUUUAUUAUUCAGUGUUUCCAGAGAGGUCAUCAAAGGUCAACGAGUCCCCCACGUUUACAGAAUCAAGACAAUUUGGUGUCAGUCAGCUGUACUGCAACAUUUGUUUAGAAAUAUAGCACAAUGAAUUUUAUCAGUUUUGUUUGCUAAUUUAUUUUUAUUUGCUUUAUUUAACCGGGUAAAACCACUGAGAUCCAAAUCUCACUUUCAACAGAGACCUGGGCAGAAAUCUGCAGCACACAACAACCUGGUUACACCAAAGUAAAGCAAAUGACAACAUGCGCACAAGUUUAAAACGGAUUGCAAAACAGGAUAAAAGCAACGACACUGAUUGAUUGAAUCACGUUUUUAAUGUGUGUGUGUGUGGGUGUGUGUGUGUUUAGAGCAGGUUGAUUUCUGGUGACCUCCGGAAACCUUUUGUUUUGAAAUCUUUUAAAGAUUUAAAAUGUCACAAAUGAAAUUUUUGCUGCACAAAUGCAGCACAGCUGGUUGGCUCCAUAUUAAAUGUUAUGAUCUCUGGAAACAGUUAUAAAUAUUGUUAAAAUCAUAGCGACACAAACCAGUUCUGUUUAUUUUGAAGAAGGUGAUUCUGGGGUCAACGUUUCUCAGGUAGUGGAAAGGAGAUGAUAUAUACGGUUCUAUAUUUGUUAAUGUUUUAAGUGUCAGUCUGUGUUGCUCCUCAACUAAAUCCACUAUAACGACUUUCAUCCGGAAGUCACUUAAUUUGUAAUAAAUGUGUAUAAGUUAAAUCUCAGUAGAAAUGUUAUAUGUGGUGCGAUAUCAUCUGUUUUGUAAUUAUUUUCAUUUUUUUGUGUGUUUUCUUGUUCAUAUUUUUUUUUCUGUCAGAGUAACAAAACAGAAAACAAUGAAGGAAAAUGCAGCUUACGUUUUAGUCGCUCGAGUUAUCAGGAAGUCUUUGUUGUCACAAAUGUAGUGAAAUCUUGUUCUUAAAGGGACAGUUCGGGAUUUUCAAAGUGUGGAUGGGUUGACAAGCAGUUAGUUUCCUACCUGCAGUGGAAAACUCUCUUGGUGUUUUAUUUAAUACACAUACAGUUCGGUUUCCUGAAAGGCUCGAGCUAAGGGGUGAAAACCUCGGGGUGUUUCUCGUCUCCAAUCUCAAUAGAGUCACAGUGAUUCAUGCAAACAUAAUUUUAAAAGCAAAAACCUUUUAAACUGCUGCCAUGUUUGCAUUAUGCAGAUAUGCAGAUGAUGGUAGACCUCAGGGACUGGGCUUCGGCACCCUGGCGUAGAGCUCUUUUACUUAGAUGCGUUUUUCUUGGCUCCUUUGAUCUUCUUGGUUAGCUUUCUCCUUAUAAACUGGGUAACGUUUAUUUAUGUUUUAAGCCUAUUUUUUUGUCAAUAAAAUCAAUCUUUGACCUCAA